GGCAGUCCCACACGUGAGCAGCUGAAGCAACCAAGGAUUACUAUUUAAACACCGUGAGCGCUCCAGCGACUUGAAUCAACUGACUUCUACAUGGAGGGAAUAGACCGAAAACCUGUAUCACUAAGUGGAGUACUGGAGAUAGAGAAAAAAUCACAAUGGUCUAUACCCCGGCUUUGGUUCUCGGACACGGAAUGCUCAUUAUGUCUGAAGAGGAUAGCGUAGUCGAGCGAAAGUUUCUCUAUCAAAUCACAUCGAGCGACAAAAAAGAUACGCGUCGGGGCAGCCUUGAAAGUUGCGAAUUCAUCAAGGAAAGGAACUCCUCAAGUCUGGACUCUGAAAUGACUCUUGACUGUGAGGAGAGAAUACUCCAGCAGGACAUGAUCAGGCAGAUCGAGAGUUGUCUCUCUGAAGCGAAGGAAUCGAAUCUGCGCUGCCGAGUGCUGCUGCUUCCCCGCCCGCUGACCGCAAAGGUUGCCCGGGACGUGGUGCGUUCCUCAGUUGGAGAACCGUGUGGGCUCCGCGGGGCCUUCAUACAGGUCUAUUUGGAGACAAAACAGGGCCUCCAGCUGCAGACGCUGGGUACUAUAUCGCCCGACCCGACCGUCACUCCUACCUUCGAGCUGUCCGUAGUGUUCAAGCUGGACAAAGACGGUUGGCCUCCUCUCAAGCACAUAUUCGUUACCGACAAGUUGUUGAAACUACGACCCCAAUACCGGCUGGUCAAGAAGAAAUUGUAUUCCUCCGCGAGCCCUGUCAUACACGAGUUUUGCUGAGAGAUCAUUUCUGAUCAGGGAGCAACAUGUGGCAUGUUUCUACAUUCCUUUUAGGAAAAAAAGCUCUGCACCACUUUGAUGUUUUUUUGUGUACUAAAUGUAUGUCAAUAUACAUCUGUAUUAGAGUUUUAAAAUUCGAAUGAAAGUUUAGCACUAUAUAUGCACUGGAAAAUGACUGGAACAGUCAGCUCAAUUGUGAAACGAAAUAUAUUAUGUGUAGGUAAAAAUUAGGGAAUGGUUACCCUAAAAGUUUUGUAUGGCUGGAAUUUGAGUUGACCUAGUUAGAAAAAAAGCACAGAAUGCAUGUUUCCUUGCUGGUUCUAGCAGGGGGUAAAAUGUGUUAAAGUUCUGUACAAAUGUAGGAUCUUCAUUUGAGCCAGUUUGCUGCAACAGGAAAUGUGAAUUAUGUCAAUUAUAAUUAAUGGACAGUUUUGUAAGGCAUGAUAUAUUUUUCGUAAGAGGAAAUCAUAUCUAAAAUUUCAAAGUGGGAAUUAAACUUCAGAAGCCAUUUUGAACCUCAAAUACAAGUAAAACAUUUUCUGCAUUGCAUGGUUCUCAAAUUAAGAUCCUACAUCUGUACAAGAACAGCCAUAGUUUGUUUUUUUGCACAUAUUUUGUUUAACCAUGGAAAACUCAUGUUGGAUGUGAAAGCAGAGGGAAGGCAAGCUGGUAUUGCCCCUAACCCUGUGUGCAAAUGUUUGUCUUGCAGUAUUGUUAAAGUGAAAUCAUUUUUUUUUGCACAGUAUCCUUUUCAGUGUUGCCAUACUCUUUUAAUCAUUAGAGCUGUCAAACAUCAAUGUCUACACUUUAUACCCAAGACCUGAAGGGCUCAACUUGGGUCUGUCAAAAUAGACUGACAUUACCAUUGUUUUCAAUUCUCCUAAUCUCUAAUAAACAGUUGAGCAAAACACAAUGAAAUGAGAAACUAAACAGCUGUACAUAAAGUUCAACACUCAGUUACUACUCUAUUGUACUCCCACUAACAUUCAGUAGACAUCCCACUGGGCACACCAUGUCAUGUCAACGUGGAAAUGGGGGUCAUUUUUGGUUGAGAUCAAGGAGACUUCAACCUUUUAUUAACCCACUCCAGACAGCCAGAAGUUUGUUGAAUUCCCAAUGGGUUAUCACUGCUUUCAACCAUCUAAA